AUGUCAUCCUCAACAGUAUUACCCGGUCUCAUCAGGCACUUCCCCUCCACGCCGCUUUCCAGCAAAGCGUCAUCCCUACCACCACCAAUCCCCUUCCUCCCCGCGUCACGAACAACAACAACAACAACAUCGUCGCGCCGCCUCUUCCACCCCAGACCCACAACAACCACCCCACGUCGUCGUCCUCAUCCGGCCGAGCACCCCAGACCAAGAGCAGCAGCAGCAGCAGCCCUCUCCACCACCACCCCCUCAUCCCUGGCCCUCCCCAGCAUGAACGCCAUCCGCACCACCAUCGCCGAAAACCUCGGCGGGCCGGCCCACGCCCUCGCGCCCAGCGACUCCCAAUUCUCGCUGGACGCGGUUCCCGACCUGACGGGCAAGGUGGCCGUCGUGACGGGCGGCAGCGAAGGCAUCGGCUACGGGUGCACGCACACGCUGCUCUCGCACAACGUGGCCAAGCUCUUCAUCAUCUCGCAGUCGGCCGACAUCGUCUCGCACGCGCUGGCCGCCAUCCGCGCCGAGCUCGGCGCCGCCGCCGCCGCCCGCGUCGAGUGGCUGCCGUGCGACCUGUCCGACUGGGACGCCGCGGCCGACACGGCGACGCAGAUCGCGCGGCGCACGCCGCGGCUCGACAUCCUCAUCUGCAACGCGGCGCGGGGCAUCAUGACGGCGCAGCGGGCGCCGACGAAUGGCGUCGAUUUGCACAUGGCCGUCAACCACGUCGGCCACAGCGUCGUGACGUCGCACCUGCUGCCGCUGCUCAAGCGCACCGCGGCCGAGGGCCGCUUCGUGCGCGUCGUCCACCUCGGCAGCAACCUGCACGAGCUGGCGCCCGCCGACACGCGCUUCGAGAGCGUGGAGGAGCUGAAUCGCGACUUGGGGCCCAACGCGCAGUACGCGCGGUCGAAGCUGGCGGCCAUCCUGUACGCGCGCUACCUCGCGGCGCACCUGCGCGCCGAGCAUCCGAAUGUUCUUGUGAACGCGUCGUUUCCGGGCAUCGUGGACACGCGGCAGACGAACGAGCACAUCCACGAGGCGUAUCCGCUCGGCGGGUACGGCAUGAGCGUGCUGGCGGCGCCGUUCAAGAAGAGCGCGAUGCAGGGCGCCGUGUCGACCAUGUACGCGGCCACGGCGACGGAGCGGAGCGGCGAGUACGUGUGUCCGCCCGCCAUCGUGGAGAAGGGGAGCGAGAUGAGCGGCGACCGCGAGCUGGGCGAGCGGCUGAUGCGCUUGACCAGGGAGUUGGUGGCCGAGAAGACGAGGGAGGCCAGUGUGGAGCAGGGGUGUCCGUUCAAGGAUUACUAG